GCUGAAGUGCAAGAUGCCUUCAUGACAUACACAGUGUAUGAUGACAUCAUCACCCUUAAGCUCAUUCAAGAGGCCUGCAAGGUUCUGGGUGUCUCCAUGGAAGCCAUUUUGAAACUAUUUGGAGAAUACUUCUUUGAAUUCUGUAAGAAGUCUGGCUAUGACAGGAUGUUACGGACAUUGGGAGGAAAUCUCACAGAGUUUAUUGAAAACCUAGAUGCCCUCCACAGUUACCUCGCACUCUCUUAUAAGGAAAUGAAUGCACCAUCAUUUCGUCUGGAGAGAGGAGCAGACAGGAAAAUGCUUCUCCAUUAUUACUCUGAUAGAAGCGGUCUGUGCCACAUUGUACCAGGUAUCAUUGAGGCUGUGGCCAAGGACUUCUUCAACAUGGAUGUGGCCAUGGAUAUCCUCGACAUGAAUAAGGAAGUGGAGAGGACAGGGAAGAAGGAGCAUGUUGUGUUUCUGAUUGUGCAGAAGUCUCACAGACAGAUAAGAAAGGCAAAGCUUAAUAGGUUACAAGACAGUCAGGACACCCGGAGAGACGAAGAGCUCAGGGUCAAGCAAGCUGGAGUGAAUAUUCAGAAGUAUGUCCCAGGACUCCAAAACCAGAAUAUUCAAUUAGAUGAGUAUUUCUCCAUCAUUCAUCCCCAAGUUACCUUCAACAUUUUCAGCAUCUGCAAAUUUAUCAACAGUCAAUUUGUCUUGAAGACACGGAGAGAAAGGAUGCCUGGAGCAUGGAAACAUCAACCCACGCUCAAACUCCGAGGCCAGAUGAUCUGGAUGGAGUCUAUGCGCUGCAUGAUAUACCUGUGCUCCCCCAAGCUCCGCAGCCUGCAAGAGCUGGAGGAGCUUCAGAUGCAUCUUUCAGACCUCGCCCCCCACGACACCACCAGGGAUCUCAUCCUGCUGAACCAGCAGCGACUGGCUGAGAUGGAGCUGUCCACCCAGCUGGAGAGGAAGAAGGAGGAGCUGCGGGUUCUUUCCAAGCACUUGGCCGUAGAAAAGAAGAAGACAGAGACCUUGCUUUAUGCCAUGCUGCCUGAGCAUGUGGCCAACCAGCUGAAGGAAGGCAAAAAGGUGGCUGCAGGAGAAUUUAAAACCUGCACAAUCCUUUUUAGCGAUGUGGUGACAUUUACUAACAUCUGUGCUGCCUGUGAACCUAUCAAAAUAGUGAAUAUGCUGAAUUCCAUGUACUCCAGGUUUGACAGAUUAACCAGUGUCCAUGAGGUCUACAAAGUGGAAACAAUAGGAGAUGCUUAUAUGGUGGUAGGGGGUGUACCAGUGCCUGUUGGAAGCCAUGCUCAAAGAGUGGCUAAUUUUGCCUUGGGGAUGAGAAUUUCUGCAAAAGAAGUGAUGAAUCCUGUUACUGGAGAGCCCAUCCAGAUCAGAGUGGGGAUUCAUACUGGACCAGUCUUGGCAGGUGUUGUGGGGGACAAAAUGCCCCGAUACUGCUUAUUUGGUGACACUGUGAACACAGCUUCUAGGAUGGAAAGUCAUGGGCUUCCUGAGAAAGUGCACCUGAGCCCCACAGCCUACAGGGCCCUGGAAAAUCAAGGGUUUGAAAUAAUUGAGAGGGGUGAAAUCGAAGUGAAAGGGAAAGGAAAAAUGACCACGUACUUUCUGAUCCAGAAUUUGAAUGCCUCCGAGGAUGAGAUAAUGGGGAGGCCUCAAACUGUGCUUGAUCACAAAGGUAAGCAAAAAAGAGAAGCCUCGUCAUGA